AUGAUGGCUGACGACAGGUGAGGAGAUUUCGAGAGAAGACUUUUCUCUUCGAAGAGUUCUGUUCCCCAAAAUGGAGUCUUGAGGUACGAACAAGUAGACGACGAGGAUCUCGAGACGCAGGCCGACGGCGGUUGGCGCUUCCAAUCGCCCUUUCCCAAAAACAUCUGCUCUCCGACAAUGCAAAAUCGGUACCUUCUACAUAUUUCUUAUCAUUUUGCCUCGCGAAAGUCCUAUAAUAUCAAAAAGUUACAAAGCCACGCCCAAAGGGACAAAUUUUUUAGAAUUUCAAAUUUUUGAUAGACAUGUUUUUUGAGGAAUUUUCCACUCUGGACUCUUCCUUACAAAGAGUUUAUUUUAAUUUUUUAUCUUGGUCAACCUAUUCUGAAUUUGUCUUAGUCUCAGUACAUUUUCGUAGCUCAGUCGUACAAUUUUUCGAAAAAAAAAGGAUUAAAAUUCCCUAGAUGAAUAAAGAAAGAACUAUGUCGAAAUAGCAAAAAGAAAGUUCAGGAUCAUAAAUUAACUCUUUUUUGAGCAAUACUUUUGGCGUAAAGGUUGCGUGGAGACGUCAGCUGAUUGUUUUUCUGGCCAGGUGUUGCGCGAUUUUGCCUCUGUUCCAAGAAUUUGUUGGUGUCAAAUGCAGUUCUUUGCUCUGUUCAGCGCAUUAGUUCAAGUACGAAAAUGCUUGGGAUUUUGUAGUUGCUUCGACUUCUUCAUUAAAUAAUGAAAACAAAGCACACUAGCAUUUCAUUCAGGAUCCAGUGCUAUCGCCAAAAUUUGCCUCGCUUUAUUAUGAGCGGCAAAAGCCGUCAAAACUGUAUCAAAACUGUAACAAAAACUUCUUUUCAAUGUGGGAACUUUUUUGUUGAACGAAGAUCAAAACCAAGGUUUUUUUCUUGUAAAAAAAAGAGGUAAGAUACACACACACACGCGCGCGCGUGGUUGCUGAAAUGGCGCAUUUGUCGAACACAUGUGCCUGAGGACCAGCUGUUGUCGACGACCCCUGAUAACCUCCGGCUGUUUUUCCACUUCUUCCGUCUUUUCGGUGUCAACAACCGCGCGUGUAGCUUGAAAGUGGCGAGAAAGUCGUCGAAAAUUCAUUCAAUCAUUGAAGAGGAAAAUCUUCAAAAGAGAAAUGAGGAUUCAGACGAAAAGAUAUGAUUGAUGGAGUAGUACAGCCUCUUUUGAAGAUUUGGAUUUGACGAGGGAAGUGUGCGAAGCGAGCAUCUCGGAUCUGGUUCAAACUUCUGCAGUAGGUAGUCCCAGGUAUGAGUACUCGAAAAUAUAAAUAAUAUCUGCCAAGGGCCAUAGGGUCUGAGAAAUAGCCUGUCGAAAAUCUACAGGAAAUACUAAAAACCAAAUUCUCUUUGGGUUUUUUUUUGAAGAAAGCUUUUCUCGUGUUUCUUAGGGUAUAGGGAACAACAAUCGACGCUUUAGGGAUUGAAAACCGAAGAGACUUAGUUUUUGAGCUUUUCACCUACAUUUUCGACAAGCCCUUUCUCAGUACUCUAUGGCGCUUAGCAGAUAAAUCUUUUGGUUUUGGAAUAAUCGUACCUGGGACUACCUACCACAAAAGUUUGAACCAUGUCUGCGAUGCUGAACCCUAAAUACUUUCCUUCUGAGAAGAAUUGAACAAGAAUUCGCAUAACUUUUCUGAGACCAGUAACUCUGGUCUGGGGAUAAUUUUGAGAAAAAUACUGGAUUCAGCUUCGGAGAAAGUGUGAAGAAAGUUUGACCCUAAAUGUAAAAUGACAAAAGAUGAGCAUGGAAGUUUCCAGGCCGAUGUCCCAGGCGGCUUCGCUGUCGCCGACGAGCGGCGGCGGCUACACGGAGCAAGACCGACGGAUCCGGCGACAGAUCGCCAACUGCAACGAGCGCCGUCGUAUGCAGAGCAUCAACGCCGGCUUCCAAUCGCUAAGGGCUUUGCUCCCGCGAAAAGUUCGUCUUCUGAAGAAAAGUUGCGAGAACAAUUCAUAGUUCAGUACACUGAUGAAAAUAAGGACAAAGCGAUUCUGCAUCUUUUAAGUAGCACUUAAGUUUUUAAUAUAAUACCUUGAGAGUUAAAGGACAAUACACAAAAAUUUGCAAGCAAGAACUUUUAAAUGUAUGGGUUCAUUCUAAAACAAGAUAGUUUGAGAUAAGUGAGAACUAAAUGACUGAAAUGUGGAGUAAGUUCUUCAGAAACAAAGCUUGCGGGUUAGUUAUGAUCAAAUCAAAAAAAAAGGAAUAUGGACGCCUCUUCCGAAUUCUGAGAGAAAUAAGCUGGAGUCAAAUGAUUCUCGAAAUGAUCCAGAAAUUGCAUCUGACGAGUUUCGAUUAAGUUUCAGGAGGGCGAAAAGCUAUCUAAGGCGGCAAUCCUGCAACAAACCGCCGAUUUAAUACACGACCUGAAAAACGAGCUCAAGUUAGAUGGCGCUGGAGGAAAGAAGCCAAAGAUGGAAUGUGAGCAAUUCUCUUCAGAAUUUCCGAUUUUCAUGAUUUUUUUCAGACGAAUCCGACGAUCGGGCGACGAUAUCGCAGUUGCAACGAGCAUUAGAACAGGAGCGGUCAGCUCGCCUGAUCCUCGAACAGGAGGUCUCCCAACUGCGAGCUCUGUGCCAAGCUCAGCACGAGAAGAUGCACACGACGCCGAGCAGUUCGACCGGCGUCCCGACGUCUCUAGGCCAUCAGUCGCUGCCGCCGCCAACGAGGCAAGAGCAUUCGGACGCUGCCCUUCUGUUGGCCAGCUCGACCUCGUCGGCAUCGCUGGCAGCCAUGUCCCUCGACGGAGGCACCAACGGAACGGCCACUCCGUUGGCUUUGUGCUCUCCGAUGGUGGAGCCGAAUCUGCCGCCUCCUGCAUCUGUCCAGUCGAUCGCGACGCGAUUGGCCAACCAAGGCUCCGAGGCCUCUGUCAUACGACCGACGCCUCUCACGCCAAUCAGUGGUAGGUUGAGCGUCGCUGUCAAGAAUUCAAGAUAAUUCGCAGUGGACGUUUCUUCGCCGUCGCUGUCCACGCCGUCGCCGCUGGCGUUCCCGUUCGUCGCUGCCGGACUCGCGCCGCAGCAUCACAACAUCUUCAUGCCUGUCGCUCCGACCAACGCCGUCAUACCUCCACCUAUCGUGACCUAUUCGCAGCCUUCUGCGUUCAGGUAUCACUUCGAAGAGUUUUUCUCAAACAUCCUCCGCAGGCUCAAAAAACCGUAUAAAUGUUAAAGUUCUGUCCCUUCAGUUUUUUUUUGUCAAUAAUAAUUUUUUCUUUCAUAAAACACUUAUUUAAGCCUUAUUUGAAGUCUAAUUGAGAUUAUAAUCUGGUUACCAGGAGCCUGUUACAAGCUUUUGUCUUCAUUUUAAAAUUUGUAUUUUGUUUAAAAUAUCAGUAUGAAAAUAGUCGUAUCAGACGACUUUUACCGAACAAAAGCUUGUAAUUUAGAAAAAAGCUUGUAACGAAUAAUUGUUUUCAAAGUUUUCUUUGGAAAAUUCUUCUGAUCCUGCAAAUGUCGUGUUAAAAAUCCGAAUUAUUACUUCUUUUCCAAACAAUGCAGAAAAAAGGGAUUAUUGCGCAGAAAUUCUCUUACUGGACCUAUGUUGCAGCAGCACGGCAAACGCGAACGCGCAUCGCUCGCUGCAGACCAUUCUCGACGCGAUCCGACAUCUGGAGAACGGCGGUGGACUUUUGACGCCGUCGCCGCCGCCGACUUCGCAGGCUCCGCUCGUCAGAUGA